GCACUGCACGCGUUAUCUUGGUCACCACCUUAAACCCGAAAUGGUUUGGAGGUUUGUAUUGCUAACUUCCAUUCCUGUUUUAAGAUGUCAACUAUGGUUGGGUCAUAUCUGAUAUUAUUUUAUGUUAUAGGCGUCCUAUCUAUAUCUUCUAUGGCGUCUUCACGGGUAUUUCUGGAUGGUGAUGUCCAAGAAACGCUGUUGUACCUCAGCUGGUAAUGUUUAAGUUUCAUGUGUUGGAAUGCAACUUAUAUUACUCCGCCAUUGAACGUCUGGUUUACAUUCUUUCUAGGUUGGACUCGAACCUAGAUGUUGCCAGCAGAGUUAACGCAGAGGUGGUCACUAAGCCUGAGUUAGCGACACUGGGAGACCUCUUCUCUUAUAUGAAUCAGGCAUCCGCUAAGGUAUUAUAUUCUCAAUAUCUGAUACAUCCAAUAAGAUAAUCUAAGUUUCUCAUUGAAUUUUCAAACAUUUAUCAGGUUGCUUGGUUUGAGUGCACAGCAACAAUUUAUGAUGUCGUGAACGGUUCUGGAUGGUAUUAUAUAGGCUGCGGUGUGUGCCAUACUAAGGCAACAAAAGGUCCUACAACGCUUAUGUGUAAGAAAUGUGGGAAGAGUGAGAUCGUCGGUGUGCCGCAGUAAGUGGUUUAUAUAUAGCUAUACAAAUUAUUUGACUGCAAUGUUAUUAAUGUCUCUCUGUUACAGGUAUCUAUCAAAGCUCUCUGUAUAUGACCAUAGCGAUCAAGCCGUUUUUGUUGUCCUUGGUGAUGCUGGUGAGGAAUUGACUGGAAAGAAAGCUGCUGAGUUGGUGGAGCGAUAUUACGAGGCCAAUGAUAGUGUGGGAGAGGAUCACAUAGUUCCAGUGCCUCAAGCCAUGAUUGAUACCAUCGGACAGACCCGGAAGUUCAUUGUGAAGGUAUCAACCCACAACCUGACUGCCAAGACCCAAACUUUAACUGUGACAAAAGUGCUCCCACUUGAAGCCCCAGAACCCGAAGGCAACGUAGGAGUGAACGUUGGUAAGGAAGGUGAUAGUGAGAGUGAGGAUCAUGCAGAUAAGUUGGUGAAAAGGGGUGCUGAUGGGAUUGAGUCGGAAGGUGUGAAGCGUGCCAAAUGUGGCUAAUGAAGUUGUCUUUACUGGAAUUGUUUUGUUUAAUGCUAAGCUUGGUUUUUUUUUUUCUGGAUUUGUGUUUGCAGUUUUAACAAACUUUGCUAUGAUCUCUUUUGCUAAUAAUAUCUAUUAUUAAUCUCUUUUUAUGUUUUAAAGUUUGGCUAAACAAAAAUGCCUAUCUAUAUAUCUAUAUAUGAGAAAUCAUUAUACUUGCUUGAAGGCUGAAUGAGUGUGUAGGCUAUAUAAAAAUUUGUUCAUAGUUGCCAAAGCAUAGAGAUGUGGUUAUGGUCGGUUGAUGGGUCAAGAUUUAUGAAUAUGAUUUGAAUUUGUCGCAAAUUAUAAAUGGUUUAUAAUUUAAAUGGUGUCAUAACUAUGAACCGUCUUUAGAUUUUUCGAACUGGAUUUGUAUUAUGUAAAUAAAAGUUCAAUAUUUUUGUUCUUAUUUUUGAAAAUAAAUUAAUGUAAACAAUGUCUUUUAUUGUUAACCAAUGUAACUAAAUUUGCUACCGAAAACCCAUUUGCUCAAGAAAUAUCGACUAACAGCUCAUCCUUAUAUCUUUCAGAUCAAUUGAAUGAUAGAUAUAUUCCCAAUUAAAGAAAAUAUACCAGAAAUACAUUCUACAGAAAUUUAGGGUUCAAACUUAUAGUGACCUGGUACGUUUAGCCGCUAACAACAUUGUGGGCUACAUCUUUGGUUUAGUUUAUUUUAAAGUUACACACUAAAAACAAUAAAUAAACGUAUAUAGUGAAUUAGAAAAAUAUUUAAUUAAUAAAUUAGAUAUAAAAUUCUCCAAUAGUUUUAUUACUGACUUUUUGGACAAAAAUCCUUUCAUUUUUUUUUGAAAUAGUAUAGAAAAUACAAAGUCAAGUGAUACUUGAUAAAAAAACAAUUUUAAGAUACUUAUGAAUAAAAUUAUGAAGCAGACUCCUGAAGAAGAUAAUCGAAUUAAUAAUCACUGGUAAUAUGAACCAAAAUAAAUGUGAAAAUAAAUAAUAGAAACUGUUUUUUUC